AGCUAGCAUUCAGAUUCCCCCACCACCAAUUUUCUCCCUAAAACUCUCUCUUCCCAUUUUUGUACUAUCUACUAACUUUAAUUAUGUUUCCAUUCUCAUAUCACCAACAUUCUUCUAACCAAUUCUUCAUUUUCUUACUUAUCCUCGUCUUCACAGGGGUUACAGUUUCAGCGACAACAUUCACAUUCGUCAACAAAUGCGACCACACAAUAUGGCCAGGAAUUUUAGGAAAACCGGACAUCGGAACAACAGGAUUCGAACUCAAAAGAGGAAACACACAAACUUUUCAAGCACCAACCGGUUGGUCAGGUAGAUUUUGGGCAAGAACCGCUUGCAAAUUCGAUUACUCCGGUCACGGUACUUGCUCAACCGGUGACUGCGGUUCUGGGGAAAUUAACUGCAACGGCAACGGCGCUACACCACCUGCAACGCUAGCGGAAUUCACUUUGGGAAUUGGUUCGCCGGAUUACUAUGAUGUUAGCCUCGUCGAUGGUUACAACCUUCCGAUGAUUGUAGAAGCUAACGGCGGUUCAGGUAUGUGUGAUAUGACGGGUUGUGGAGAGGAUAUUAAUCGGAGGUGUCCUUCGGAGUUAAAAGUGGAAGAUGGUGACGCGUGUCAGAGCGCGUGUGGUGCGUUUGGAAAACCAGAAUAUUGUUGUAGUGGUGUGUUUGGUUCACCUUCAAGUUGCACGCCUUCAGUGUACUCGCAAAUGUUUAAAUCUGCGUGUCCUAAGUCUUAUAGCUAUGCAUUUGAUGAUGCUACAAGCACUUUUACUUGUACUGCUGCUGAUUAUACUAUCACAUUUUGUCCUUCUUCUCCAAGUUUGAUGUCUUUAAUGAAGAACGGGCAAGGAUCAGUUGAACAGGCAGCUGUAGCAACUACUUCAUGGAUAGCCAAUAUGGCAACAGGAGCAUCCGCAAGAAUAAACCAACCAUUUUCAGCUUCCAUGUCAACUUUUUUUGUGGCUAUCACUUUCAUUCUUUCCUAUUUAGUCUAUUAGUCUCCAAAAUUCGUCUCUAAAUUAUAUUCCGUAAAAAUUACAUUUUUCUAGUAGCUUUUUUGUUUGUUUGUUAGAGUCACGUCUCAUUUGUAUUUUCUCAUACCCUUGUGACAUAGGAAAGGGUCAACAAGACAACAACAAUAUCUACUUGGUGUAAUUAACAUAUAUUAUCAUUGUUGAAUUCUAUGUGAAUUAAUUAUAAGCA